UCCGCGCCCGGCACGGCUCCCUAGCGUCGCGCCUCGUUCAGUGCGUCUUCGGAUCGGUUGGGAUACUGCUGUGCGCGGUCCGUUGCUUGCUACCUGCUAUCUUGCUAGACCUCUACUUAUGUCACGACAUACGCACGCACGGUCAGUGAGUGGUUAGUGUGCUCGCUGUCUCUUUCUGUUGGGAUGCCAAGUGCGAUGAGUCGGACGCCGGUCGCGUUGCAAAGUCGCCGGGUCCCAGCGACAGAUGGUGGAAAGGACCGUCGUCCGCCGGAAGGAAUAUAUAAUAUGAGGUUUCGAUAUCUUUGGACUAUCUUCAUAUUGGAUAACCGACACUAUAACUAAACGGAUUACCAUGGGAUUUUUAAAUGCAUUGUUUCCCGAACGGUGAGUACCU